AUGCAUUUGUUUAGCCAUGAUGAAAUUAAUUUAUUGGAGGUAUCCAAAUAGAGGAUUGCUAGGCCGCAUAAGAUGGAUAGUUAGAGUUCAUAAGCAAACAGUUAAUUUCUUUGUCAUCAAAACAGUUAUAGGACGCCUGUAAAAAGACAGAUUAUUAUGGUAGAAACGCUUUGCAUUAUGUAAUUGGAAUACUAAAAUAGGCUGCUUACAGAGGACAUUAUGAUGUAGUUGAAUAUUUUCUUGAUUUAUAGUGUAUAAACAUAAAUUCGAAAGAUAAUAAAGGUAGGACUUAAAUUAUAUGUUUAAGGUAAUACAGCUUUAAUGCUUGCUUGUGUUAGAGGAUAUAAUUAAGAUAUCACAAGUCUUAAAAAAGGUUCUAAAUUUGAAAUAUGUUCACUACUUUUAGAAAGAGGUGCAUCUCUUUAAGAAUUCAAGAAAUAAGGGAUAAAUAACCCUUUGCAUUGGACUUGUUUUUUUGGAGACUUAAAAACAACAAAAUUAUUGAUGUUUGUAGAACCUAGUUUAAGUAAUUGAAUGAAUUGAGAUUCUAGUGUUGUAUUCAAAUGAUAGAGAUUAGUUUCCAAUAGAUUUAGCUUUGAGAAGAGGGAAAGAGAUAGAUGAUAGAGAGGAAGAUGAAAAGGUGUUGGAAUUCAUGAUAUUGAAGUUCUUAGCUUAAUAUUUGGAUAAUGAUGAACAUAAAAAGAAGUUGGAAUUAUCAUUAGAUGAGCAUGAAUCAUAUAGAUAUUUAUAAUAGAGUGACUUUAAUAUUAAAUCAUCGAAGUAAUUAGCUUAAGUAGGACUUCGAUAUUUAUUUUGGGCAAGUACUUUGGGAAGAUUGGAUCUUGUGGAACAUUUAAUUAGUUGUAGAUAUUCUCCAUUUGAACCAUCUUAUAAAGGGAGAAAUGCAUUACAUGCAGCAGUUUAUCAUAAUAAAAAAGAAUUGGUUGAAUAUUAUUUGGAAUCAGAAGCUGUAAAGGAAUUUCGAGUUGGGAAUGUGAUAAAUAGAAUGACUAAAGAUAAACCAUAGACAGCUUUACAUGUAGCUGUUGAGAGAGGACAUAUUGAUAUAGUAAAAACAUUAAUAAAGAAAGGAGCAGAUCCUAAUUAUUACAAUUUUCGUAAUCAUAGAGCUUUUGAUUAAUCAAGAUUUACAGAGAUAAAACAUUUGAAAAGGGAAUUAUUGAAUAACUCUGAAAAGAAUUAUUUAAGAUCAGGAUAUAAUCAUGUAUUAGUAGGAUGGCAAAGAUCAAAAAAUUAAUUGUUAGAAUAAUAAUUUUACAAUAUAUAAUAAAAAAAGAAUGUUGAGAAAGGAAUGUUUAAAUAUUUGCCAAUAGAAUCUUUUGAUAAAUAAUAUACAUAUUAUUGUUUAAAGGUUGAUGAAAAGCUUAAAAAUUUAAUAGCUGAUGAAACUAAAAUGAUGAUAUAUAAUUCAAGAGAAUCUUAUAUAUGUCCAUUCAAUAUUCAAAUUUAAGAAUAAUUUGAAAAUUUUCAUCAUAUUCAUGACUAAUAAAUAUUAUAGACUUUAUUAUAUGAUGAAUUCGAUAUUGAUUAAUUUAUUAAUGAUGGUCUAUUAAUUGAAUAAUAUCCUAUACAUGAUGAAGAAGAGAAAGAAUUGAUUUUAAAAUUUUGGAGAAAUGAAAGAUUUCACAUUUUAUUUGAACCAUUUUAAUUAAAAAAAUCAUAAAGUAGAACAUUUAGUGCUUUAUCUUCUUACUUUGGUGCAGAAGUAGGAAUGUUUUUUGUAUUCUUAUGUUUUUUUACUACAUGGCUAUUUUUACCUGCUAUACCAGGAUUAUUAAUUGGGAUAUUUCAUUUCAUUAAUGGAGAUUCUAUAAAUGGUAUAGCUCCAAUCUAUACAUUAUGUAUGGCUGUUUGGGCAACAAUAUUUUUUGAGUUUUGGAAGAGAAAAUAAAGUGAAACUAUGUACAAUUUUGAUAUGCAUGUUACUGAAGAAUAAAGAAGGAUGAUUCCUUAAUAUAAAGGAGCUUUUAUUAUUGAAGAUGUAACUCAUACUAUUGAAAUUAUGGACACAAGGAAUGUAUAAUGGAAGUAUUUUAAAUCAAAUUGUCCUUUAGUUAUUAUGGCUAUACUCUUUAUUGGUGGAGAACAAUUUGGAUAUUAUUAUCUCAAAUAAAUAAAUGAGGGAGAAUAGUUUUAUGAUUCUUUAUGGGCAUGUGUUCUAGCAUUAUCAAUACUUGUUACAAAUGAGAUCUUUAAUUUUUGUGCUAAACAUACAUUAAAUUAUGAAAAUCAUUAAUAUCAAGAUGAAAGAGAAAAUGUAUACAUUUUAAAAGUGUUUGCAUUUACUUUUUUGAAUUCAUUUGGACGAUUAUUUUAUAGAAGUUUAAUUAGACCUGAUUCUGAAGAAUUAGAUUUAUUAAGUAUAUCAUUCACUAUAACUUGGUCAAUUGUACAUUUAAUAAGAUAUACAUUAUAUCCUUUAAUAUCUUUUGCUUUUAUAAAGAUUAAAUUUAAUUGGGAUUUCAACAAAUACAAAUAAACCAAUUCAAAAUAAUUGGCUGUAGCUUAAAGAAUAAGUGUUUAUGAUACUGAAACUAGUGCCAUUAAUAAAUCAAUAGAUAAAGGAUUAUCUUCUUAAUACUUUCUAUCUUAAAUUGAAUUAAAUAGAAGAAUGAUUGAUCCUCCAAAUCAUGUAGAAUAAUUUACUUAUUUUGUAUAUCAUGAUAUUAAUUAUAGAUGACUCAAUUUUGUAUGGCCACUAUGUUUAGUGCAGGAUCUUAAAUAAUUCCUAUUGCAAUUUUAAUCUUUAAUAUUCUCAAUAUAGAGGGUCUUCUUUAUGGUUAUAGAAAAUUUGUUAAGAGACCAUUAGCAGAACCAAAAAAGAGUAUAGGUGUUUGGAAUGAUAUCCUACAAUUAGUUGGAUAUAUUGGAAUCGUAUCAAAUUGUUUAUCAAUUUAUUAAGCUAAUUAGAAAUAAUUAAAUACUUUAAUUGGAGAAGAUCCAGAUACUUCCAAUGAUUAAAACAAUGUAUAAAUAAUAAUAUAUUAAUUAGCUUGGACUUCGGAAUUUUCUAUUUCUUAUAGUAGCUGAACAUAUUGUUAUUGGAAUCAAAUUUGUAAUAGAAGGAGUAAUUCCAGAUGAGCCUGAAUGGGUUGAGUUGAUAUUAAAAAGAGAAGAAUUCUUAUCUGAUAAGAAUAAGAUAAAAAAGGGGGAAUAGUGUAAAGCUAUUGAAAUAAAAACAAAAAAAGAAUGA